AUGGAUCAAAUUAGAUCAUCUGUGGAUUCUCACAUAGGACCUGAGAUGCAAUCAGAUUCUGAAGGUGAUGACAGGGAGAAAUUGCCAUUUCGUGCAAAUCAAUUCGAAAAAGUGAAAGAAAAGAGUGCAGGCGUACCAAAAAGUGCUGGGAAAUCUUCAAAUUACCAUCAGCAGGCUGUUGGUGUUGGUAUUCUGUUGGAAGAAUCCUCCGUUGGCGCCCGGGUGAAGAUGCUUGCACCUGGCGGUGCAGCAUACAAUAGUGGGAAGAUCAAAGUCAACGAUAUCCUGAAGGAGGUGAACGGUGUUGACUGCUCAAACCAAGAUCUUGAAGAAAUUGGGAGACUUAUUUGCGGUCCAGUGGGAUCAAAAGUAAAGCUUUACCUCCAGAGGGGCACUACGAAGCGUGGUUACACUGUAACACUGCAACGACUUCCUGUAAGCGGCAAUGGCUUGCACGAAGAUGUGAAAGAAAGUCGUAUAAGCAAGACAUACUCUUCUCGUGGAAAAUCCGAUUCGGAAGAGGCCGCAUCCGACGUCUCAGAAUCCAAAUCAGAUGUCUCAGAUAGUGAAUCUUUGCAAUCGAGCGUCUCGGGCAAAUACCUCGAUGAGCAAACAAGGCUGGAUGAAAUUCGUGAGGAUGAUAGGGUACGUGAGCUCCUCGUGGGAAUGUCAAAAGAAGAGGUGCUUGAUUUGGCACGAAGUCUGAGGAAGAAGAAGGAAAUUUCAAGGAUAUGGAGAUUGUGGAGGGAGAUAGCUGACAACAAACCGAAUGAUGAAGAACCGCGCGCAGAUCGAACUAAGGAAGAACCAGAGCCAAGCUCAAAUGUCUUGGAAGACUCUAUGCAGGAAUCUCUACUGUCAAGAAGUGAUGAGACAAGCAAGAGCGGCGAUUUCCUGGAAAGAGAAUCAUUUUAUCGGUCAAAUCUGCAGCUACAAAAGAAGAUAGAACAAGAUAAAAUGAUGGACAAAAAAGUGGCAAAGAAGGCCAAGAAGUCAAAAGUCAAGGAAAAGUUCAAGGUGCACAGGUCACGUGGCGCACGGCGAGCUGGGUUUCGAUAA